AUGUCAGGUGAAACUUUUACGAGGAAUUCUCAAUUUCCUUCACUUUUAUUUUUAUUUUUUAUUUUUUCGAAUUCAAAUUAUAUUUAAAAUUUCAAGGUAUUGAUUGUAAUAUUUGUCUCUAUGUUGGAUUGUUGAUGGGAAGAAUUUGAAGAGUUGCUUUCAUUGUUUUUUUUUAUUUUCUCUUGCACGUUAUUUUUUUUUCCAGUUAAAAUCUUCUUUAAUUUCUUGAAAUCUACUUGCUCAUCUCAAGUUUUGGGUAUCCUAAUCAGAGAAAUCAUGUACAUCGAAAUUGAUAUAAGGAGAAGUAAACCGGUGAAGGAGAAGUGAUCGACGGCAUAUCCCAGUUAAUUUACCUGUAAUCUAUUGAUGUACAUAUCAAUAAAUUAUUGGAGCAUACAAAGGGGCACGAACAAAGGGAAGAGGAAUUUUGUUUCCUCGAUCCCCUUUCAUAUACACAUAAAUAUUGGAAAACCCACCAAUUUUCUUUCAUUAUCUUUAGCACAAAUUAAAUCAAUCAAUGUAUGUGGUUUUCAUUGCAAACACCCAUUUUCAUUUGUUGAAAGGGUAUUAUUCCCUAUAGGUUUCUUUUCAGUUUCAUGGCCACUUCUUUAUUAUAUUAUUAUUUUUAAUAUCAUAUAAAUAGGUCUAAAAUCCAAAAAACCCAAACCCUAGCAAUAAUCGGCUAGCGGCUAAGCAGUGUCCACUUGGAGAACAAGUAGUUUUCAGACAAUCUCCAUUUGCACAUAACCUUAAAUUCAACUAUCACCCUCGCAUCUUUACUUUCUUUAGCAUUACUCCAUAGAAACAUUUGCUUGUUCAAACCAUUAUUACAAUGCACUCUUUUUUUUAUUUAAGUAUGGAGAAGUUAUUGAAGCACAAAUUCUGAUACUCCUUAAUUCAUCUUUCAUCUCAUAUAAAAUUUAAACUCAAAUUUUUAAUAUGUAACCCAACUCUUUACCAUAAAAGACAUAAACAAUUCCUUUUUAUUUUAUCAAAGGAGGACCACCAAAAUACCCUCUCCCAUACCCACAAUAAUAACACCAAACUCACUUAGUACAACACUCAUUUUUUUGACCCUUUGCCUUUUCUCUCUCUCUCACCUCCCCCCAUCUUCUCCCUUCCAUUCAAAAAUCAAAUCCCCACACACCCACUCUUAAAAAACAAAUCAAACCCCUCCAACAUUGAAUCCUCUUGUCACUAUCAUCAUUUUUCAUUUGUGUUUUUAAAACCACACCCUUUCAACCAAUUAGAAAAAGAAAAUAAUGGAAACCAAACAAGAAAUGAGCUUUGACUCUACCAUGGAGAAAGUUAAGCAACCAAAUGAAGGAAAAGGUGCCAAAGUUGAUGAAGGUACUUCUACUCCACAAUCGGAGCUUGAAGAUCCUCUUAGUUUGAGGAACUUGUCCAAGUUUAUAAUCCCUCCUUUGGGUGUUUCAAGCUAUAACCAGAAUCAAACAGACUCCAAGGGAUGGGUCAUUACGCCCAUGGAUUCAACAUACAGGUGCUGGGAAACAUUUAUGGUGAUGUUAGUGUUUUAUUCGUCAUGGGUCUACCCAUUCGAAGUGGCGUUUCUCAGUUCAUCGGCGCCGAGAAAACUGUACAUGGCCGACAACAUCGUGGAUCUAUUCUUCGCCAUUGAUAUUGUGUUGACGUUUUUCGUUGCUUAUAUUGAUACUAGAACUCAACUUCUAGUUCGAGACUCCAAAAAGAUUGCUAUCAGGUACCUAUCAACAUGGUUCUUAAUAGAUGUGAUAUCAACAAUCCCAUUUGAAGCACUAGGCUAUUUGUUCACUGGCAAUAGCAGAGUGGGCAUCUCUUAUUCCCUUUUGGGUUUGCUUAGAUUUUGUCGACUCAGAAGGGUCAAGCAGCUUUUUACCAGGUUGGAGAAAGACAUCAGAUUCAGCUAUUUUUGGAUCCGGUGUGCUAGACUUCUAGCCGUGACCUUACUUGCGGUUCAUUGUGCUGGAUGCCUUUACUACCUACUAGCUGACAGGUAUCCACAACAGGGAAGAACAUGGCUAGGCUCAGUACACCCAAAUUUCAGGGAAACAAGCCUUUGGAUCCGAUAUAUCUCAGCCAUGUAUUGGUCCAUCACCACCAUGACUACUGUUGGUUAUGGUGACCUCCAUGCAGUCAACACUAUGGAAAUGAUCUUUAUCAUCUUCUACAUGCUCUUCAACCUUGGCUUAACCGCUUAUAUAAUCGGUAACAUGACAAACUUGGUCUGCGAAGGAACUCGCCGUACCAUGGAAUUCAGGAAUAGUAUUGAAGCGGCUUCACAAUUCGUGUCGAGAAACCGGUUGCCCCCGAGGUUGAAAGAGCAGAUAUUGGCUUACAUGUGUUUGAGGUUCAAGGCAGAGAGCUUGAACCAACAGCAACUAAUUGAACAAUUACCAAAAUCCAUUUAUACAGGGAUUUGCCAGCAUUUGUUCUUGCCAACAGUGGAGAAAGUGUACCUGUUCAAUGGAAUAUCAAGGGAAAUUUUGCAGCAUCCGGUCGCGAAGAUGAAGGCAGAGUAUCUCCCACCGAGAGAGGAUGUAAUAAUGCAGAAUGAAGCACCAGAUGAUGUUUACAUCAUUGUGUCUGGAGAAGUGGAAAUCAUUAAUUGUGAGAUGGAGAGAGAGAUGGUUGUUGGAACCUUGCAAUCCGGGGAUAUGUUCGGAGAAACCUGUGCACUUUGUUGCAGACCUCAAAGAUUUACAUACCGAACUAAGACGCUUUCUCAACUCCUGAGGCUAAAAACAACUGACCUGAUUGAAUCGAUGCAGACCAAACACGAAGAUAAUGUAGCCAUCUUUAAGAAUUUACUACAGCAUAACAAAAGGCUAAAGGAUCUUAAAAUCGGAGACCUAGCAGAAGAGGGCGGAGAAGAAGACAAUGAGCCAAAAAACAUCACUAUUAAUUUGCUGAAUGCGGCCGAUAUAGGCAAUGCUGCUUUUCUUGAUGAGCUUCUGAAAGCAAGGUUGGACCCUGACAUCGGAGAUUCUAAACGAAGAACCCCAUUGCACAUAGCAGCAACAAAAGGGCAUGAAGAUUGUGUGCUGGUACUCCUUAAGCAUGCAUGCAAUGUACAUUUACAAGAUAUGAAUGGCAACACCGCACUGUGGAAUGCGAUAUCCUCAAAGAACCAUUCGAUAUUUAGGGUCCUAUAUAAUUGUGCUGCUAUUUCCGACCCGUUCACUGCCGGUGAUCUCUUAUGCCUUGCUGCACAAAGAAAUGAUCAGACAGUGAUGAAAGAACUACUGAAACAUGGAUUGCCCGUAGAUGCAAAGAAUCGUCAUGGAUUAACAGCAUUGCAGAUUGCCAUGAAAGAGAAGCAUGAAGACAUGGUUAAUCUACUUGUAAUGAAUGGAGCAGAUGUCAUCAAUACAAAUACAUACGAAUUUUCUUCAGAAGCGUUAAAUGAAAUGCUUGAAAAGAGAGAGAUCGGCCACCGAAUUAACGUACCUGAUACCACUUCCAGUGAAGCACUGCUGAAGAAGCUCGAAGGGGACACUGUAGGCAAACUAGACAAAAGCAGAACAUUAGACCAUCCAAGGGUGAGCAUUUAUAAAGGCCACCCUCUAAUGAGGAAAGAAUCUUGUUCUAUAGAGCCUGGGAAGCUAAUAAGUUUGCCAGAUUCACUCGAGGAUCUCAGGAACAUUGCAGGCAAAAAAUUUGGGAUCGAUGCGAGAAAUGCAACUGUAACAGAUGAAGCAGGGGACGAAAUUGAUUCCAUUGAAGUGAUUAGAGACAAUGAUAAGCUUUACAUUGUUGAAUAACAAAUAUAAAACCAUAUGUAAUAAGAGCGAGUUAAAACUUAGAAGUUCAAUUAACAGAUUAUGCUUUUUCAGUAA